UUCGCUAAGCGCCAACCUGUGGCUCCAGCAAACCACUAUAUCCAGCGUCAUUAUCUGCACCACAGCUUUCGGUAUUCUGUUCUACGUGGGCACUUUUCUCGUGUCGGUGUUGCGUCCGGAUAGUCCUUUCCGAACGCCAGCCUCGGAGCUAUUGGCAACCAUCUGCCAAAAGAUUUAUCCAGGCAAAUCUACAUCGAUCCGUCACGCACUCGCCAAAUCGUCCGCCAUUCGCUGGAUACUGGAGACAUCAACGAACCCUGAAAUUGUCGAGGCUGCGGCUACGAUUGUACCUUGCGUGCAAUGGCCCCCGAACCUUGAUGCUUCAGCAGCCUUCGCACGUUUACGUGAUAAUUUCGUAGCGUGUCGUAACAGACCAGAGCUAUAUGUGAAGUAUGGCAAAGCUAUGGCCCAUCUUUGCAUCCAGCCGGUGAAAAUCGACAAGGAACUUCUGGGGUUUCUUUGGAAUAAAGAUUUUAACUCAACCCGAAGUCGUUUCAUUCGCGAUGCGUUCAUGGCUGGAUGUGCCGCCUAUAAGCAGUUCAAGAGUUCACGGGAAGACAAUGCUCGCCGACGGAAGCAUCAGGCCAAUGCACGCACUGCGCUGAGAACAAUGCUUGUCCACGGAAUGCGCGAUAAACUUUCACGUCCAGACGAUGAACACUUGAUUUGGUAUGGUGAUCUGCGCUGGCGUCACAGCGACGAGCGUGAGCCCAGCUGUGAAAAUUUUAAUUGGCUAGUAGAUUACCUGGAGGAUGACACAAACACAGAUGAUGAAACAGAAGGCGACGCUUUGCUUGCACUGAGCGCCAUGCGUAGACUAGGGAGCCCCGCCAAACGACCGUCUUACAUCAAAUCGCUUAUCCGCUGUAUGCACUCCAGCAAAUCUCCCCGAGCCCGGCAUACGGCACUUAGAGCCGUAUUUGAAGCUCGAGAAGAACUAGCUUCUAUGACAAGCGCCUCGGUGCCACAGGGUGUCGAUGCGCAACUCCUGGAUGGGCUUUCUUCGGCUCUUUUGAGUUCUGUACGUCCAAAUGACUACCACACAAUCCACGACACUAGACCCGACGGCUCUUUCCGCAAAGAUCGAGACUUUUAUUACAUCCGCCUCAUUUAUGCCCUGACAGAGAAAGACGAGUGGUGUCGACGUCUGAUCCGUGAUGGUCAUCUUGAAUGGUGCAUUUCUCUGGUUAACGGUAUCUGUCGCGAGGAUUAUUUGCGGGUCGGGUCCUGCCUUCUUGUGAUCUUUGACCGCGUCAAGUCCUUGGACAAGGAUCUUCCUUUCAGUCCUGCUGAGGAGAGAAGGCAGUUACCCAUCGCAAACGCAUGGGACACAGCGCAAUAUGCUUCACGGGACGACCCCUACGUCGAUGGAAUACAAGCCCUCGUGACAGUGACGAGGCUGCAAUUGUCAGCCUUGGAUGAUAGUGUUCCGAGGGAGUGGUUCGCAGAUCUUGCUGCAAAGGUGCAUAGAGCUUUGGUCAAUCUGCAGCAGAAGCAAGUGUUCCAUGUGAAUGCUGGUAUAGCUCAGGCUGAAAUUGACGCUGCAAUAUCCUCUAUGAAGGACUUGCACACCGACCUGGGUCAUAUGGUGGAGGAAUGGAACACAUAGCAAAGGGACGAUGAAGCUUCUAGAUCGUGAAAGACAUGCAUCCGUAGCGAAAUACUUUUA